ACUAUGGCUGCAGACGAUGCCGAAUGUAUUUCAGCAGCAGAUGAAGAAAGAAAACAACAUACUUAAACACACGCAAUUACAGAAACAGCAAUUACUAUCGCAGUAAAAGACACAGCUGAUUGAUUUACAGAAAGCUGUUUGUGUUGUUAUAUUGAUUAGGUAACCUGUCGAGGAAAGCAUCAGUAUAGGCUGCUGGUAAAAGGAUGUAUCGCAGGGAGAAGAGCAUACAGAUCAAGAGCAGCGCCUCGGCGCUCUACAACAACCUGAGCGUGCUGCCCAUCGCAGAGAAGUGCCUCACCUACUUCACAGUGGUGCACUGCAAUGUGGUGAACAUGGUGAGCGCCUCGGGGGACGGACUCAACUUCUCACACCGCCAGCUGCAGUCCAAGGAGGGCAGCAUCGCCGCCAGCUCCUCCCUCAUCAUACAGGCGUCCUGGUGUGUGCUGCCAUCUCGAGUUCUGCUGGUUCUCACGUCACAGAAGGGAAUCCAGAUGUACGAGUCGGAUGGCUCCAUCAUGGUGUACUGGCAUGCCCUGGACAUCCCUGAGACCCCUUCAGACGAGGCAGUGUUUGCUCGUGGAAUUGCUGCAGCCACUACGCUCGGACACUACAUCUGUGUGGGCACCUCCUCUGGCUCUGUCCUGGUGUUUAAAAUACCGGACAAGGGGGCCAACAUCAUCCUAUCCGAAGUGCUGGAGGAGCACUGGGAUCCCAUCACAGACAUCGCCACAGAGACCUCCAGCAGCAAGGAAUAUAUUGCUGAUAUAGUCAGUGCAGACGACUCCGGCUUGCUUUGUAUCUGGAAAGCAGGAAAAGAUUUUAAACUGCUGAAGAAGAUCCCUGCUUAUGGGUGCUCCUGCUCCUCGGUAAAGCUGUGGUGUGGGAUUGUUAUCGCGGGGUACGGCAGUGGGCAGAUCCGGCUCUACGAUGCCCUGUCAGGCGUGGUGCACGCGGAGGUGAACGCACACGCGCGCUGGAUCUACGCACUGGAUAUCGCACCGGACUCAGGCAAGCUGCUGUCCGGAGCAGAGGACUCGCUGGUACGAAUCUGGAAGCUGAGCAAGUCCCCUGAGUCUCACACUGUCGAGAUCGAGCACCAGCACACUGAGUGCGUCACCGACGUCCAGAUCUGUGGAGCAAAGUUCUGUGACCCUGAGGGGAGCGCCUUCGCUGUCACCGGAUACGACCUGAGCGAGAUCAUCCGCUACACUGUGGUGUAGGGCCUGGGAGUGAGGAAGGAGCACGAACCCACAACACACAGAUCAUCUGCUACCGCCACAUUGUGUGUGUGUGUGUGGGGGGGUUCAUUUAUAUUGCUUAUGGGGUCAAAAAAGUUGGGAAGACCUGACAAAACCUACCUUAUGAGGACAUUGUACAUGCCCAUAUAAUGUAAACAUAACCAUCUAAUAUAUAUAUAUAUAUAUAAUUUAGCUCAAAGAGCCAGCUGCCCAACGUUUCGAUAUGUUGUACAUAUCUUUAUCAAGGGAACAUUUGUUUGAAUCAAAACAUUGGAGGUAUUUAUAGGUUUUUGACGGCAUGACAACUGUUUGUUAUUGUUUAUAUUCAAAUCCAUGAUUUUUUCUUGCAUGAUGUAAUGGUGUUCUAUAUAUUGUGACAUCAUUUUUACUUUAUCUUAUAAAUCUGUGUUAAUUCUAAUUAACAUUAUUUUAUAUAAACUUAUAUUUAUAUUAUCAUGCAAUGCUGGCUCAGAGGAUCAGCCUUGAUUUGGCCUCCCCAGCGCAUCAGCAUGCAUAACUUUAGAAUGAAUUUGGUUUAUUUAUUUAUUUAAAUGUUAUGUAUUUAUUGGAGUUAAUUGGUUCAUUCUUUUUUUUUUUUUGAGUCCCGUUGGCAUAAUUGUGUUCAGUCUAUUUAUCCAUUUACUUUCUUUUAUUCUUCUAUGUGUUGCAUUGUCUAAUUUUAGCUGUUCUAAUACUACAAACUUUACAUAAUUUAUGUCAUGUCCAUAUAUAGGUCCAAAGUCUUGGUGAUGUUGCCCUUUGCAGCGAUAACUGAAAUGUUAGGAAUGUUUUCUGUGUGUCUUUGACUUGCUACCACAGACAACAUGUCUGGCCAGAAAACAGCUGCUGCAAAAUUAGCUUGACCAGUAGAGGGCAGUUUUGUGUCACCUUUUACUACCCUGUACACCAGAUACAUAUUUAACUUUGUAACUAUAAGGGACCGUUUUAGAUGUUCACUGUAGAUUUUAAAUGCAAAGGCGAUUGUGGAUGUUGAAUGACAAUGUGCUAUUUUACUGUGCAGAGAACACCUAUGUAUUUACUGUAGGGAUCUGUUUAAUAAACUAUUAUUAGUAAUCACUGUUUUCCAAACUGGAAGUUUGAUUGUGUUCCUGGUAUUUGAUGUAUUGUAUUGUUCUUGCAGGUACAUGAUGGAAACCCCUGUUCAACAUGGGAAGUGUACAGUUACAAUACAGUGAGCUUUCACAAAUGCA